AUGUGGAUCCGGAGAGUCAACAGCUGGCGGAAGAGGUCAAUGGGCGACGGCAUCGAAGAAAGCACAGACGGAGGAAGCACCGUCAACCCCACGCAGAUCGCUGGGUACGACGACGAGAUGAGCCAGGAAAUCCACAUCCUCUUCAUCAUGGUCCUCCUCACCAUCACCAUCUUCUUCUGCCACUCCCUCAUCCGCCUCUGCAUGUUGAUCCUCAACCCCCAGUCCGCAGAAAGCCGUCCAUCCCUCCCAGACAUGACCAGCGCCGAAGGCUUCCAGCCCGUCCGCCCCAUCCGCGUGCAUCUCGCGCGCGACGAAGAGGCCGGGAACGACAUGGAGCGAGCUGUGGAGAGUGAACUGGAUCUCGAGAAGGACGAGCUCCCACCGCCGCCUCCACCAGCGUACGGUCUCUGGCGCAGCAGUGUGCGCGUAGAUCCAAACUUGCUGCACUGGCAGCGCGUCGAGGGCCAGGAUAAUCGCCGCUCCGUAGCUACCGACUUUACAAACUCGCGCGCGGGCUCGGCGAUUGCGGCUCAGCCUGCUACGGCCGAACCUCGUCCUCCGUCCUAUGUGUCCGAGGAUGGGGUCAGCUACAUCACUGAAGCUGCGCCAAGGUCGACGGUCCGACAGAGUCAUUCGGGCGUGAGUGACAUCCAUCCUGCAUGGAGGCCGGGCUACGCGGUGAGUGAUGUCACAGUGUGGCCCGCCGGAAGAGUCUAG